AUGGCGUGCAUAAGCGCCAUUUUUAUCAUUGACAUGAAGGGGAAAGUGAUCAUCAACAGGAACUACCGAGGAGAAGUGAACCUGAAUCUGACAGAGGUAUUUUAUAAUUGCGUAAUCGAUCAGGAAGACAAUCUGAUAAAACCCAUAUUUCACGUGAAUGGGCUGACCUACUGCUGGGUGGCAUAUAACAAUAUAUACAUCCUGGCAGUAACGAGAAAAAACAGUAAUGCUACGUUAAUCAUCACAUUCCUGUACAAACUGAUACAUGUACUGAAGGAUUAUUUUAAAGUGCUGGAGGAAGAAAGCAUAAAGGAUAACUUCGUAAUUACUUAUGAAUUAUUAGACGAAAUGAUUGACAAUGGAUUCCCCCAACUAAGUGAAGUGAAAAUAUUGAGAGAGUAUAUAAAAAAUAAAGCCCACCAAUUAACAGUAAAAAAUAUAAAAAUUCCAUCAGCUAUUACCAAUUCGGUAUCUUGGAGAAAUGAAGGAAUAAAAUACAAAAAGAACGAAAUAUUUUUGGAUGUUAUUGAAAGUUUAAACAUUAUAAUUUCUUCCAAUGGUACCGUUUUGAGGAGUGAAAUUCUUGGGUGCCUAAAAAUGAAGUCAUACUUAUCAGGUAUGCCCGAAUUAAAGCUAGGAUUAAAUGAUAAGCUUCUGUUUAAUAAAAAUGUGAGCAAUUUUAACAGCACAAGUAGUGGCGGUACUGGUAAUGCGGGAAGUGGAGUUACCAAUUCGAACUCGGCUAACCCUGCUAAUGUAAACACUCAGACGAAUAGAACCAAGUUAGUUGAAUUAGAGGACAUGAAAUUUCAUCAGUGUGUUCGUCUUUCCAAAUUUGAAAAUGACCGAACCAUUUCUUUUAUCCCUCCAGAUGGUAUAUUCAAUUUGAUGACCUACCGUUUAAGUACACAUGUGAAACCGCUUUUCUGGUUAGAUAUUAACAUUUCUAAAAAGUCUCUCACCAAAAUAGAGUAUGUAGUAAAAGCUAAAUCGCAGUUCAAAAAUAAAAGCAUUGCAAAUAAUGUGGAGUUUCAUUUGCCCGUCCCGGCUGAUGUAGAUUCUCCACAUUUUCAAACCUACAUAGGAAGUGUAAAAUAUUAUCCAGAUAAAGAUAUCCUCAUAUGGAAAAUAAAACAAUUUCAGGGACAAAAAGAGUACAUUAUGAAUGCCCAGUUUGGCUUACCUUCCAUCGUGUCGAAUGAGAAUAAGGACGUAUAUUACAAGAGGCCUGUAAAUGUGAAGUUCGAAAUACCCUACUUCACCGUUUCGGGCAUCACCGUGCGGUACCUGAAAAUUAUUGAGAAAAGCGGCUACCAGGCUUUGCCCUGGGUCAGGUACAUCACGCAGAACGGCGAUUACCAG